AUGGCCGAGCGGCGAGGGGCUUCUUCUCACGCCAAGUCAUGGCCGGACUCGGAACGUCGAGAGACGACGCCGCUCAGCAAGAGGCAACAACGAGUCUGCGUCUGCGUCGUCCCUGGUACGGAAUCAGGAGGCUCCUCACGACAUCCGGUGCCGAUGCUGGCGGUGAUGGGGCCUGCCGGAUCCGCAGACCCGUCGGGGCCGUUGGACGAUGCCUCGGACGCCGCACCCGUACAUGCCUUGCCUCUGCCGGGCCUCUGGUCAAGCCUGUGUAACGUGCGGCAGUCGCACCAUAGGCAUGUCGUCAGAUGCGAUGGGCGGCUUUCGAACACCUUCGGCCGCGAUCCGCGAGAAGUCGGCGAGGAUGAGUUCCGAGUCCUGACGACGCCGGUCCCUCACACGCACCCAGUCCCAGCUAAGCGGCCCCGGUCAAGGCCAGUGCCGGUACACAUCCUGUUCGUCGGCGCCGGCGCCGUCGGCUGUUUCUACGCCUCACGGUUGCACCAACCCUCGCAAAACAUCUACACCUCGCUCACGGCCCGAUCCAACUACGCGACCAUUGCAGCCUCGGGCGUGUCGCUGCAAACCCACACCUUCGGCGACUACACCUUCACACCCUAUGCCGUCUUCCCUUCCGUGUCUGCAGCCGUGCCGAACUCGCCCUCCUCGACACACCCCCCUUCGCAGCCCGCGCCGAGUGCCGGAUGGGACUACAUCGUCGUCACCACCAAGGCGCUGCCGGACAGGACUGACGAUGCCGCAUUGAUCGCGCCGCUCGUAUCCGCCAACACCUGCAUUGUCUUGAUCCAGAAUGGCGUUGGCGUCGAAGAACCGUAUCGCAACCGCUUCCCACUGAAUCCCAUCGUCAGCGCCGUGACCAUCAUCAGCGCCGAACAGAUCAAGCAGGGCGUUAUACGGCAGAACAGGUGGACGAGGAUCAGCCUCGGUCCCUACAGUUAUGGACUAGGCGCACCCGCCGGCCAGUCGCAGGAUACGCACGAGCUUACACGGCGAGGUCACCAAUGCAUGCAACAUCUGUCGCAUUGGUGGACAACCCACGGCGGCAUCCGCGACGUCGAAACCCACACGGAACUCGAGUUGCAGACCAUCCGAUGGCACAAGCUGUGUAUCAACGCAGCCUUCAACCCCACCGCCGUCGUCUCCGGCGGCCGCGGCAACGCAGACCAGCUGACCGACCCGGAGCUACGAAAACACAUCACGGGCAUCAUGAACGAGGUUUGGAACGCUGCACCCAAGGUCCUGGGGACGCCACUGCCCGCGAGCGUGGCCAAGCCCGACAAGAUCAUCAAGAGCACCGAGAGGAAUCCCGGUGCCAAGCCGAGUAUGCUGCUCGAUUGGGAGGCAGGCCGGCCCAUGGAGCUGGAGGUGAUCCUGGGAAACCCCAUCAGGAUCGCGAGGAGGGCCGGCGUGGAGAUGCCCAAGUUGCAGACCAUGUACGCGCUGUUGAGGAGUAUGCAGUCGGUUCGGGAGGCAAACAAGGCAAAGGAGAAACUCUGA